CGUGGCUUCUUGGCCCGGCGCCAGCUGGCUAGCUUGCGUCUCAAGCAUCAAGCAUACGUUGAAGCCAUGGAGCGGCUGGAACGGGAUGCCUGGGUUGCCAUGGUCAAGCGUCAACAAGAACAAGAUGCACGACAGCUGCAGCUGGAGCGCGAACAGCGUAAGCUGAAGCAAGCGCAGACCCUGCGUGAGAAGCAACUUCGGGAGGCCGCUUUCGACGGUGAAGUGGAUGAUAUCAUCAGUUUGCUUCAGCAGGGCGUAAGUGCUUUCCGUCUGCAAAUGCUGCGUUCACCCGAUGGCAAUGGCGACACAGCUCUCUCCGAAGCUGCGGCGGGUGGUCAUUCUGAAGCAUUGGCCCUCCUGUUGCAUCGUGGCGCCCGAGUGAACGCGCGUGGGCGCUUUGAGCGCACGCCUCUCUUUCGAGCAGCUUUUGCUGGUCAUGUGGAAGCCGUCAAACUGCUCCUGCACCACGGUGCUGACCCCCGUCUCUAUGAUAACGAAGGGAUGCCCCCACCUGAGGUAGGUGACAAAGCAGAGAGGCGCAAGCCUUUGUCAUCCACACGCCCAAAACGAGUCGAACUUCGUGCUUGUCGUUUACUCAAUGCUUGUUUACCCCUGCCCCUUUGA